AUGUCUCCUUCUUCAUUCCAAUGGAACAAGAGAGUGUCAUGGCAGAACGACCAGACUUCAGGGCGUGACUUCAUACUCUCAGAUCUGUUUCAAGGCACCUCGGCUCCCUGGACCUUCUUUGCCCUCACUGUGCUGGAUCUCCUGGGUGCCCUGCUGGGCAGCACCACAACGAUAACCCUCAUUAGGGCUGCCCCUCAGCUCCACAGUCCCAUGUACUUCCUGUUCGGCUGGCUCUCCCUCAUGGACCUCUUGUACAUCUCUACGUUUGUCCCCAAAAUGGCCCUGGACUUUCUCUUUGGGGACCAUCACAUCUCCUUCUUUAGGUGUAGCAUUCAGAUGUUCCUCUUCACGAGCCUUGUGGGGACCUAGUGCCUGCUGCUGGCCGUCAUGGCUUAUGACCGUGUGGCUGUCUGCCACCCACUGCACUACCCCAUCCUCAUGCGCCCCAGGGUCUGCACACUCCUGGUGCUCACGUCCUGGCUGGGCGCACUGCUCAAUGCCUCCAUCCAUGUUAUCUAUACUACGAAUCUCCCUGACUGUGCCUCUAGGCAAAUCCAUCAUUUCUUUUGUGAGAUCCCACGCUUACUGAAACUGGUCUGUGCUGACACUUUCCAGUAUGAAAAGGGUGUUUUUGUCAGUGGGGUGAUUUUUCUCCUCCCUCCCAUCUCAGCCAUUCUGGCCUCCUAUGGACGCAUACUGUUCAUUGUGCUGGGCAUGCAAUCGAGCCUGGAGCUCACGAAAACCUUGGCUACUUGCUCUUCUCACUUGACUGUGGUGUCUCUGUUCUACGGGGCUGCCAUCUUCAAGUACUUUCUGCCCAAGUCCUACCACCCCCCUGAGCAGGAUGAAGUGCUCUCCGUCUUCUACACCAUCCUCACACCCAUGCUCAACCCCCUCAUCUACAGCCUGCGGAACAAGGACAUCGCCAGAGCCCUCAGAAGGCUUCUCAGGAAAUGA